AUGGCAGCUGGUAUUCAGUGCGGCUCGUUCCUGCUAUUCGCAGCUUUCGCGCUACUCCUAGUAUCUACUCUCUCAGCACCGGUAUUCAGACAGAUAUCAUUCCUUGAUAUCAGAACGGGGAGUCAAAAGUUGGCUUUUGGUGUAUUCGGGUAUUGUACAAAUGUCAAUGGAAAUGGCAAUCACGGAUGUUCAGCUCGAGCUUUGGGCUACGAUAUCGCCUCCGUUUCAGGAGAAGUUAGCGAUUUCACUUAUGUGAAUGAUAAGCUCGAACAUGUUACGAAAGCUUUGGUCUUACAUCCUGUAGCUGCAGGCCUCACCUUCAUCUCGUUCAUCAUCGCCCUUUUAUCAGACCACGUAGGAUUUCUUUUCGCCGCCCUAGUAGCGUUCCUCGCAUUCCUCGUGUCCCUCGCAGCGAUGGUAAUCGACUUUGUCAUGUUCGGCAUAAUCAGACACGAGAUCAACGAUAAUACCUCUUCAUCCGCUUCGUUCGACAACGCCAUCUGGCUUACGCUCGCCGCGACGAUUAUAUUGUUCUUCUCCACUUUCAUUGUGUGUUUCGAAACUUGUACUCAUCGACGAAGACGAAGUAAGGAUGUGAACAGGGCUUACAACGAACCGUACGCUGGUAAUGGUGGGUAUGUAGGUAAUCAAGGUCCUAUGAUGGCUCAGAACGGUGGAUAUACGGCUGCUCCCAAGAGACAUUUCUGGCAAAGGAAUAGAUAUUAA